CAACGACAAGUGCUGUGGUGUGCGUGGUGAGGAGUGGAUUGCAUAGUCAAUGCAUAGAUGUGUACUUAACCGGACGCGACAUGUCAUACAUGUGUGAUAACAACUAAACUGAAGUCUUCGUUUUGUAACUGUAAGAGGUGAGAUCAUAGACGCUGGGAUACGGCUCCUCUCUUCGCUAAAGUAAGUCUAGGAACAAGCCGAGGCCCGCAUAGCUUAGAUGGACCCCCAAAAAAAAUCUCCCGUACUCCAAACAAAUCGCUUUGCUGAGCCCACGUGCAGCCGAUACGUCUACGACAAUUACGUUGACUCCAUCAAGUCGUACCAAGACAGACUUUCCCCAUCCACUCCUCCGUCGAUACUACACCUGGAAGAUCAGUCGGUCAACACCACACAUCAAGGUGAUCAAGCCGCGUGAACAAGAUGGCGCCCCCGACAGCAGACAGCAUUACGCCCGCCUACCUCAAGAACCAGUAUCUCAUCAGUUACAAUGCAAUCAGCGCCGCACUCUGGUUCGGCGUACUCGGACGUGUCGCUAUCCACGGGCAGUACUAUGGACUUUCAGACGGCCAUGUAUACGAGGAGAGCGAGAGGUACACGCGCUUGACGCAGAGUCUGGCUGUGUUGGAGGUUGUGCAUAGUGCGAUUGGUAUGUUAUAUCCGCUUUCACUUUUCUUCGAAAGGGGAAGCAGCGGAGAGUCAUCAAUGGUGUAUUCGCUAACCAAUCCUUGUUCCGCAGGACUCGUGAGAGCCCCGAUGCUCACCACUCUUAUGCAGGUUGCCAGCCGGUUAUUGCUCGUAUGGGGUAUUGGAUACAACUUUCCACAGACGACCAAGUAUUCUCCUGCGUAUAGCACUAUGCUGAUCGCGUGGAGUGUGACUGAGCUGAUUCGCUACUCAUACUUUGUCUUUCUGCUGGGAAAAUCCGGUGUACCUAAGCUAUGGACCUGGCUGCGAUACAACACCUUCUUCGUUCUCUACCCUCUCGGUGUCGCCAGCGAGUGCUGGCUCGUUUACAGCGCUAUCCCCCCGGCUUCCAAGCUUGACGAACGAUACGGAUACGCCCUGUGGGCCAUUCUGGCCACUUAUGUCCCCGGAUUCUACAUGCUCUUUACGCACAUGUUGAAGCAGAGGUCUAAGGUUUUGAAGGCCGCUAAAACAGAAAGAGCGAAGAAAGGCCAAUAA